AUGCAGAUCAUUUACCUGCCAGUCAUCGCACGGAGCAUUACCGAUUUAACGGUACGAGUUGUGGAUCAGAACAGUCAAUUGCUCGACUUUCGCGGAGAAGAAAUCACCCUCAGAUUUGCGCAAACAAUAAUUGACAUUCUCAAUAUCAACGAAGAGCCAAUCUUCGACGAGCGCAUCGUCAAGAUUGAGACUCACUCGUACAAUCCGUUUGCCAACACUACAUUCGGGCACAGCGAUGAGAUAAGAAUACCAAUACAACAACAGGAUCUCUAUACGUUGCCGCAUGAAAGUUUUCUGUACAUCGAGGGAAAACUAACUACUGCCAAUCAAAUUGAAGGAUCUGAUGUAGUUCUGGGAAAUAAUUGUGUCGCGUUCAUGUUCGACGAGAUCCGAUAUGAACUUGAUGGUGUGGAGAUUGAUCGCGCCAGAAAUGUUGGAAUAACCAGCACGCUCAAGACCUAUGUCUCGUCAUCGUUCGAUAAAAUCAUGUCUCUGAAGAAUGCCGGCUGGGAUGUGUCGAACAAUGGAACCGGAGACUUUAAUUUUUGUGUGCCGCUCAGCAUGCUAUUGGGAUUCUGUGAAGAUUAUCAACGCGUG